GUUUAUUCGUGUUUCAUCUUGAUCUCAGCUAGAGGAGGAACUAAACCACAUCUACAGAGUCAGAAAAUAAAAAGUAGAAGAAGCAGAAGCGAGAGUGCAAAAAGGAAAUUAGGUUUUGAGUGGUCAUGUCUGCUCCUAUCUAUUCUCCGAUAGAUAUGCAAGAGAUUGUUCAAAAUCCUCCUGGGUUUGAUACGGAACCAGUCCCAAUCAGUACUUACCGAGACAAUGAACCUGUCCCGCUUUCAACUUACCGAGAAAAUGAUUCAGAUCAUCUCGACGCCACUCAGCAAGAGAACGAUGACUUUUGGGAAAACGGUUUCAGUAGGGAAGAGGCCAUUGAAGAUCCAGAGCCUUCUCAGGCAAAGGAAAAUGGAAAGAGAAGUGUAGACAACAGCGCUUUCACUCAUGGGGAAACUGAUCUCAAUCAACUUCCUGCGAUUCCUCCGGUUUCAACUGGUCAAGGUUUGCCGUAUGCCCCUGUUGAUUGGCCAAGCCCUGGUGAUGUAUGGACUUGGAGAGUUGGGAGGAGAGUGACUGCUAUGGGGUAUCAUCAGGAUAGGUUUCUUAUUCUCCCUCAAAGGCUUCAGCAAAAGCAUGUCCCAAAGUCUUUCGCAAGCAAACCCCAACUUGCUCGUUAUCUCGAAUCGGAUUUCCCUGGCAUGGAUGCUGAUGCAUUCUUUGCUUCUUUUAGCUGGAAGGUUCCAGCUCUCUUCCAGCCUGCAAAUAAAGUUGAUGCUGCGUCUCUUUUUGAGGAGACACCGAAGGAAGUACAGACUGAGGUUGGCCAGAAUGAUGAGAAUGCUCAGGAUGGGAAAGGAAAUUCUCGAUACAGCCAAAGGAAGAGAAAGCCAAUGCCGACGCCACAAACUUAUGAACCUGUUGAAGCGAAACCAAAAUCAACUCCCCGAGGUAGCAGCAACAAGAAGAAGAAAGGAGCCACAACUCCGGCUACUGGACCUCAAUCCUCUACCAAACCAAAACCAUCUCGACAAUCAGGAAGACGUACCUCGAUCCAGCAGCGCGGUGGUGCUGUGGACUUGAACUUCCUGAAUGAGGAGGAGAGUGAACCUGCUACUGCACCAAAGACUAGUAACAAGAGAAAGAAGCGUGGAGUUAACUAUGAGGAAGAAGAUGUUUCUAUUCCCCAUAUUUAUGUCUCUCCUAUGAAUGGGGUCCUCGCUGUCUCACACUCGCCUAUCGAUGUUAACCCGGAAGAGUUUGAUAGCUAUCUGAACUCUCUUGAUAACUUGAUGCAGCAACCUCCAGAAGAGGUUGGGCGAGACUCGUCUGUUCUUGUUAGUGUAAGCUCUCCAAUGAGAGAAUACGAAUGGGCUGAAGCCCGAAUGAAGAUCUCAUCUCUCCUGGAGAAGGAUUUUACUACUUUGUUCCUCUCCAAGGACGCAGCAGAGAUAGCAGCAUUAGCAACUAAACUAAGGAAAGAUCCAAACCUUACUGCUGAAGAGAUAGUUAGGUUGAAGCUGAUGGAAGAGAUUCCGACCUUCAGCGAAGUGUUCCAAGAGAACAAAGGGGUGAUUGAAGAAGCAGAUAGGUUCUUCUCUGCUCUGGAACUCAACAAAGCCAAGGUAGCAUCGCUUAAAUACGAAUACAGCGACCUGAAGGAAAAACUAGGAAGUAUCCAAAUGGAAGUAGACACAAACUCUGAGACAAUCCGUCAAAUCGAUGACCAAAUCGCUCAACUUCAAGCCAGACGGUCUGAAUUGAAGCGGUACAUCGGGACCAAGGAGAAAGAGAGGGUUGAUCUAAGCUAUGGUCAAAAAAUGGUAGCGAACUCAAUCCCGAAAGUCGUACAGGAAGUUCAAUCAGCUAAUUUGAAGAAGCCUGAAUGGGAAUGCAAGAAAGACAAUGCGCUUAAACGUGAAGCAGAGAUCCUCUCUAAAUUCACUCCUCUCAAAGGCUUCUUCCUCUAAAUCUAGCCUCCUCAUGUAUCCCCGAUAACCUUUAGCUAGUCUUGUUGUGUCAUGUAGCUUUUUGGUUUAUGUUGCAAGAGUCUUGAAACCUAUUUUAGACUUGGCCUUUUGUCUAUUUCAUGUAAUGUUGUACUAUGGAAACUAUCCGUUAGUUGAUGAAAAGAAUUAGACCUUUUUGUGCUUUCGUUAUCUUGUUUGAUACAACCUUAAACAACCCUUGUUGAUCUUACAAAAUAAGAGAUCAUCAAAGAUUCAAUCUUUUCUUUUAUUGCCAACAACAAAAACAGAAGGCUACACAAUAUCAACGAAACGAAGAAGAUUAGAGAUUAGUCUUCUUCUCAUGUUACAUAGAGGACAUUACUUUGAUUCACUGAACAAGCACAAGCCUUCCACUACCAAUACCUUGUCCAAAAUCACCACCACCACCAUCAUCAUCUUCUUCUUCAGCAUUCUUAGGCACAGUAACAAUCAAAUCACCAUCAACACAAGCAACAGUAACAAGCUCAGGCCUAGUUGAUUCCGGUAACCUAAAACGCCACACGUCAAGCUCUAAUUCGUCUAAAGACAAACCAAGAGAAGAAGACCCAUUUGUCCUCACAACGAUCUUGGUUAUACCAGGAUGAAUCUCAACCAUAUAAGCCCUCAUUUCUCCAUCGCCGUUACAGAGACCUACCGUCUCCGCCACAAAUCGAAAACAGUCGUGUCUCUCUUCCACUGCUACAUCUGCUUCUGACCUCAAUGGUAGCUCCAGAACACGGUUGAAGAUAUGUGGUAAUCGUCGGAGAUUCUUUCCGGGUUCUCGGGUCGGGUUAUGAUGAUGAUGAUGGAUCAAUGUGUUGUUGAUGUUUCUGGGAAUUGGGUGCACUCUCAUAGCUUCUGGGUUUGGUUUAUCGAUCGAUUGGAUCAAAUUCAGUAACAAGAGAUAUGAGAAAAGUGAUUGAAUCUUUACGGGAAUCAAAAUCAUAAAAAACACGAGAGAACCCUAAAACACAAAUCAGCAAAAUGUUAGAUUUUUGUAAUCAAAAUCUGUAUUUGGGAUUGGAUUUAAACGGAUUAAAGAGAUUAGAAAGUGAAAGAGGAAAGCUUUAUUAGGAGGAUUUGAAGCAAUGGAAGAGACAAGAAAAGAUUGCGUCUUUCCUUUUUUAUGAAUGGGUGCGAAGGCGGUAGCAAGAAGAAGGAGGAUCGGAAAUGAGAUAAGGGCAUUUGAAAAUUUACCAAACUACCCCUCUUUUUAAUUGUAUU